UUCUCUUUCCCUGAGAAAUGAGAAUUUUCUAAAUGACAUAAAAGCUGGUAACACAGACUUCAUUAAGUGUUUAUAGAAGAAACUGAUCAGAAAAAAGAAAGGCUGAUAAUUGUUGGUAAAUCUUUUCGUAUAAGCAUAAUAAAAGUGUAGGAAUAAGAGAGUGGAUAAUCACAAGAAAACCGAGUCGUCUCUUGGGGAGUAAUUAAGGAAAUGGAGCAAAGUUGUGGUGAGAAGAAGAAAUGUUGUGGUGGACAGGUACUAGAUGGAUCAGAUAUAAUGGAAUUGGUUGGGAAUGAUAAAGUGUUUAGUAGUUAUGUAGAUCACAAAUUUGCUGAACUUGAUAUAGAUAAAGACGGCAAACUCUCAGUUAAAGAAUUACAACCUGCUGUAGUUGAUCUUGGUGCUGCUCUUGGUCUUCCUGCUCAUGGUUCUUCUCCUAAUGCUGACCAUAUCUACUCUGAGGUGUUGAAUGAGUUUACACAUGGUAAACAAGAGAAAGUGAGCAAAACUGAAUUUAAAGAAGUUCUGUCAGACAUUUUACUAGGCAUGGCUGCGGGUUUGAAGCGGGACCCAAUUGUGAUUCUCAGGAUGGACGGUGAAGAUCUAAAUGAAUUCAUCACAAACCCAUCCUUGGAACCAGAGAUCAUUGCUAUCUUUUCACAGGUAGGUUCUGCUGAUGGAACAAAUAUACCAACCAUUCGGGAUGUAAUCACAAAAGCCCUGCAACAACUUACAGUCGAUCAUGGCAUGCCCCCUUCAUCAGAUUCGUGGGUUAUGAGUAAUGUUGUCGAACCUGCACUGCAAGCUUGUACAAACACUUAUCAGGGAAACUCUGUAUCUCAAGAGGCCUUCUUAGAAGAAUUCAAGAAGGUAAUAGAAAGGGUGGUUCAGCAUCUAAAGGAGCAACCAGUUAUUGUUGCUCACAGUGAACACACAUUUGAUGGAAGUGGCAUCAAGAGACUAUUAUCCAACAGAUUUGAACUAGAGAAGACACUGAAUGCGGCACUAAGAGACUUACCAACAGAUCGCAGUGGGAAACUGUCCAAGGAGUAUCUGCGUGUAGCUCUGGAUUCGCUGGCCCCAUCAGCUAGUUUGCCUCCCUAUGGAGCCGUCAAACAGAUGGAUAACAUAGUGAAUGAGGUGGUCAAGAUGGUCGGUGCAGAUGAUGGGAAAAUUGUGCCAGAAGAAGAGUUCAAGAAGCUCAUGCUGGAGAUUCUUGGAAGUAUUAUGUUGCAAUUGGAAGGAAACGCAAUCUCAGUUUCUUCGAAUUCGGUAGUUCACGAGCCCCUAGCUACAGCAUCAACACUUUUCCCUCAACAAUCACUGGUGUAAUAAAGCUGAGUUAGUAGUAUUAGUAGUAAUUAAAAUAAGUUAAGCCUGCAUUAUAUAGAAGGGAGUAAGAACCCAUGGUUCAGAAAAGAGUCAAUAGUAAGACCACAAAUCGUGUUUGUGUCUUGUGUAACUGUUUAUAUUUUAUGAGAGAGUUUUAUAUUUUAUGAGAGAGUUAAUAAUCACAAUCGUUAACUGAAGGAGUUCUUUCAUUUCUUCUUA